GCAGUUUUCAGGACGCUCCCUCUUACUUGUGAGGACCCAGAACUAGCAUGUCGCUCAGGACCGUUUGACAACAUUAGCUAAGAGGCUAAAUCCGCAGCUCGGCCAGUAAAUAAAGACAGACAACAGUUAAAACAUGGCAGAAGUCAAAGUGAAGAAGGAGACCAAUCUUUCAGAUGCCACGGAGGUUGAGAACAGGAUCAAGCAGCUGUGUCAGCAGUUCCCUCAUGGUAUCACCGACCAGGUGAUUCAGAACGACAUGCCUCAGCUGGAGCCCCAGCAGAGAGCCAUGGCCAUCAACAAGCUGCUGUCACUGGGUCAGCUGGACCUGCUGAGGAACAGUUCAGGUCUCCUGUACAGGAUGAAAGACGUGCAGAGCGCCAGUAAGAUGAAAGGCUCCGACAACCAGGAGAAACUGGUGUAUCAGGUCAUCGAGGACGCAGGAAACAAAGGGAUCUGGAGCAGAGACAUCCGCUUUAAGAGCAACCUUCCUCUGACUGAGAUCAACAAGAUCCUCAAGAACCUGGAGAGCAAGAAGCUCAUCAAAGCUGUCAAAUCUGUCGCUGCGUCUAAGAAGAAGGUCUACAUGCUGUAUAACCUCCAGCCGGACCGCUCGGUGACGGGCGGCGCCUGGUACAGCGACCAGGACUUUGAGUCUGAGUUUGUAGAAGUUCUCAACCAGCAGUGCUUCAAGUUCCUGCAGAGCAAGGCUGAAUUAGCGCGGGACAGUAAACAGAGUCCGAUGGUUCAGAGGAACAGCUCUUUCGCCACCUCGCAUGAAGUCUGGAAGUACAUCAGUGAGCUGGGGAUCAGCAAGGUGGACCUGUCGAUGGACGACAUCGAGACCAUCCUGAACACGCUGAUCUAUGACGGGAAGGUGGAGAUGACCGUCAUCGCCGCCAAGGAGGGGACGGUGGGCAGCGUGGACGGACAGAUGAAGCUCUACCGCGGCGUCAACCCCGUCAUCCAGCCCACCGGCCUGGUCCGGACGCCCUGCGGACUCUGCCCGGUGUUUGAUGACUGUCACGAAGGCGGAGAGAUCUCUCCGUCGAACUGCAUCUACAUGACGGAGUGGCUGGACUUCUGACCGCCACUCGUCUCUUUCUCUGUGAGGAAACUUUCUUUUAUUUUCCCAGCGAUCUGUGAUCCAUUUAUUUUCUAUUUAUCACAAACGUUCAAUAAAACCACAAAUGUCUAAAUGUGUC